AUGGCUGAUCAUGCAGGAGAUAACGUCGAGAGAGUAAACGAUGCGAGCGGCGCUGGUGCCGGGCCUGGCCACAUCGAAAACAACAACACCAACACAAAGCACGAGGUGCAGGAGAAACCCGCAGACGCCGCAGCCGUCAGCACGGGCAAGAACCCGACCCGGCGGAGCAGCAACGGAAGCGCGACGGUGGGGGCGCCGGCGGCCACCAACGGCGGAGACGGCGGCGCGCACCGACACAACCCCCUGGGCCGGAGCUACGACCCGGCCUCGGACGCGGCGGCGUCGGACCCGGACGUGCAGUACCUGCGCGACGACGAGAUCGCGGCGUUCUUGGACGAGCUGGACCACAACGGCGACGGCUGCAUCGACUACUCCGAGGUGGAGCGCAAGCUGGACGAGGUGUACGACGAGCUAGUCCCGGGCGGCGCGCAGCCGCACAACCUGCACCACGACCCCAAGGAGGACCGCGACCGCCAUGCCUUUUUGCGCAAGCUCAUCGGCUGCGGACCCGACGGCGGCGGCGAGGCAGCCCCCCGCAUCCCGCGCGACGAGUUCGCCGAGCGCGUGCGAGGCUGGCGCGUGCCCUCGAUGAAGCAGGACUCGGCCGGCCGCGAGGGGGGGCAGGGCAAAUACCUGCGCGACAUGGGCCCGUGGCGUCGCGCGCGCGCCUACUGGGCCGUCCACGGGUCGUCCUUUGCCUUCCUCGCCAUGGUCGUCGGGCUGCAGGUCGGGCUGGGCACGUGGCAGUGCGUCAAGUACGCGACGGGCGCCGAGUACCAGGCGGCCUUUGGCUGGGGCGUGGCGCUGGCCAAGUCCCGCCCGGAGAACGAGGACGCGGUCGCGGCGCUGCUGGGCCCCGACGCCGCCCCGCGCCCCUGCGUCGCCUACGUGCGGUCCGUGCCGGGCUUCACGGGCCUCACGGCCUUGGGGCUGUUCUACGCGCUGGCGGCGCUGAGCAUGCCGCAGGUCCGGCGCCGGAGCUACGAGGUGUUCCAGCUGGCGCACCUGCUCAUGUUCCCCAUCGUCGGCCUGCUGGCGGCACACGGCACGGCGCAGCUGCUGCAGUUCGCCAUGUUCGGCUACUGGCUGGCCCUGCCGACGGUGCUCGUGCUGGCCGAGCGGCUCGUCCGGCUCGCCACGGGCCUGCACCGCAUCCCCGCGACGCUGGCGGUGCUGGACAAGGACACGGUCGAGAUCCGCGCCACCAUCCCCAGCGAGCGGCUGUGGCGCUACGAGGCCGGCCAGUGGGUCUACCUGCAGGUGCCCGCCAUCAGCCUCUUCCAGUGGCACCCCUUCACCGUCUCGGUCUGCGUCGGCAAGGAGGUGCGGCUGCACAUCAAGAUGGACGGCAACUGGACGGGGAGGCUGCGCGAGCUCGGGGGCGCCCAGGGCGAGAGGGCCGACAUCCAGAUCGGCAUCAACGGGCCGUUCGGCGCCCCGGCCCAGCGCUUCUACGACUUUCAGCACACGGUCCUGGUCGGCGUCGGCAUCGGCCUCACGCCCUUCUCCGGCAUCCUGGCCGACCUGCAGGCCAAGGACGACAGGGCCCACGGCGGGCCGUCCGACUCGGCGUCGUCGAGCCACACGAAGGUCGUGGGCCCGCACGCAGAGGUGCCCGGCGGCGACCAGCAGACGGCCGAGCUGAGCAAGGCGAGAGAUUCGGACAAGACCACAGCGCCGCCGGGGCCGGAGGCGGCAGAGUCGACGGCGGGCGGCGGUUCGCGUCAGGCCGCCGCCCGACCGGGAACCUCGUUGUCGUCGUCGUCCUCCUCCUCAUCCUCAUCCGUCUCCCGCUUCGCAUCCGACUACCGACGCGUCGACUUCCACUGGAUGGUGCGGGAGCGCAACCACCUGCUCUGGGUGUCGGACCUGCUCAACACCGUGUCCCGGUCGCAGGCCUGGCACCUAGCGCACGACUCGCAGCACCACCUCGACGUGCGGGUGCAGACGCACGUAACGCAGAAGCGCAGCAAGGUCGGCGCCCACGUCUACCGCUGGCUGCUCGAGCAGCACCGCACCCCGGAGCACCCGGCCAGCCCCAUCACGGGCCUGCUGAACCCGACCCAGUUCGGCCGCCCGGACUUUGUGCGCAUCCUCGACCGCCACUACGACGACAUGCUGCGCUACAAGGCCGCCGCCGUCGCGAGGGGCGACCUGGACGCCGACGACGAGCUCAAGGUCGGCGUCUUCUUCUGCGGCACCCCCGUCGUCGGAGAGGUCCUGGCCGACCGGUGCGCGGCCCUGACGGCGCGCGGCCGCCACGACGGGAGCAGGAUCGAGUACCACUUCAUGAUCGAGGUGUUUAACUAA